AUGAUUUUUACGAUCAUUAUAUCUUGCAUUAUUUGUUUUUUAAUAACACUUGCGUUUCUGUGUAAUCGAGUGAAAGGACGACGAAAUUUACCGAAAUGUAGGCGAGCUUUGUUAGUCAUAGCUCAUCCGGAUGACGAAACCAUGUUUUUCUCACCGACUCUUCAUGGCUUACGGCUCUGUGGCUCAACCGUCUAUCUAUUAUGUAUUUCCAUGGGUAAUUCGGCUGGUCUAGGUGUUAAAAGGAAAUACGAGUUAGCUCGCGCUUUUACUAUCCAUGGACUAUCUCUUGACAAUUUGACUGUGCUUAAUUAUGAUACUCUUCAAGAUGGAUUUGUUCAGUGGCCUAAAGAAGAGCUAGCUAGGGUAAUUUUGAGGCAUAUGCAAGUAUUGGAUAUUGAUUUGGUGAUUACAUUUGAUGAAAAUGGUGUCAGUGCUCAUCCCAACCAUAUUGGAUGCUUUCGUGCAUUGCAGUAUCUUUAUACUAACGGUUUGGUUCCAGCUGGAGUGCAGGUUUUCGUUCUGGAAAGUGUACCAGUAUGGAGAAAAUACUCGAUAAUAUUGGAUGUUGUGAUCAGUUCUUUCUACUCAACAUUUCUAUAUAUUUCUUCGCCUUUUCUAUACAUCACAUCAUGGCGAGCAAUGUGCGCACAUCGUUCUCAGCUUGUAUGGUUCCGAUAUCUUUACAUGUUUUUUAGUCGUUAUGUUCUUAUCAAUACAUUGAAAAGAAUACAUGCGCUUCCUAAGCAUCCCUUGCCCAAAAAGAAGACCGAUGAGAUGCCUCCAACCUACAAAUCUUAA